GUUUUUCGAAUGAUCAUAAACGUCAUUUCGUCCAUGCGUCAUCUUUUCAAAGUUUCAUUUAAAAUUUAACACACCAAUGUUUCCAAAUCAAACGCAUAUGCAUUCAUUAUGAAAUGAGUAGACGAGCUUUAGAUCAGCAAGAAUCGAGUGAUACAAGCUUAACAUUUGGAGAUAGCAGAGUAACCGGAUCAGACAUAAGGAUUCUCAACAACUCUGGCGCUUGGCUGACUGAAACUCUCAUAGCCUUCUACUUCGAGUUCUUGAAUUCCAGAGUGUUCACAAGCUAUAAAUGCAGUAUAUGCGUGCCCCCAGAAAUAACUGCCUUAAUACAAAUCACUCCAGCAAAUGAGAUAGGCGCCUUCUUAGAGCCCCUAGAGGUGCAGCAGAAAGACUUGAUCAUUUUUGCUCUUCACGGUAACGCUGAUAGAGAUGAUCUGGAUCAUUCGCACUGGAGUUUAUUAGUUUAUUCUAAAUGGGACAACGGCAUUUUCCACUUCGAUUCGAAACGUGGUUUUAACGCAUCUGCCGCCAGCAAUUUGAAUGAGAAACUCCUAGCAUACUUCAACAUCAACGUCGAAAUGAGAGAGGUCGAGUGUUUGCAGCAGAAAAAGCCUCAAGAUUGUGGUAUUCACGUUUUGGCUAAUGCGGAACAGAUAAUAACUUAUGCUGCCAAGGCCAGAACUGUUAACGAUUGUCCGAAAAUAACAGAAAAGGCUAUAGCUGAAUAUAGACAGAAAAUGCUCAAAUUGAUAUGGAAAUUAAAACACAGUUCUUCGAUUUACCAGAUAAAGAGCAAGCAGCAGUCCCUCUUUUCUAAAUCAUGGCAUGACGAACACGACAGGGACCGAUUUUGAAACAAUAAAGCUAUGUUUUUCUUACGUUAAA